AUGUCCGGGUGGGCAUCCGGCUCCUCACGACAUGAGGGCUCCAAGCCAAGGAAGCGCAAUAAGAAUGUUCCUCCCCUCGGGCUCUCGCGCAUCACGCCUGAUAUGAGGAAGAGAAUGGAAGAAGAAUGGAUCUUAUUGAAAGGGAAGUUGUUCGGUUCUUUUGAAGACACGUGGGAGCAUCCUGAUGAUCCAAAAGAGGAGGACUCAUAUAAUGAUGACCCAUAUCCCGAUGAAUCGUCUGAGGAAGGCGCGCACGAUGAAGAAUGGUCUGAUAAUGAACGGUCUGAAGAGGGACUACUCGACAAUGACUCAUUUGACGAUGAGCCGUCCAAUGAUAGUUCACCCCAAGAUCAGGGGUUCUGGCAAUAUAUUUGUAACGUGUGUUCGCAAGUCUGGGAUGAUAUCAAAACUGGAUUCCGAAAGGUAUUUGAUGCAAUCAAAUCCACGCUCUCUUGGUUAUGGGAUAUUCUAGGUGGUGUUGGAAGCUGGAUCAAGGAGCAUCUGGACAAUUUUAUUUCCAGGAUCACGCAGAUAUUCAUGAAGCUAAAGAGCAGCAUUCACAACUCCCCGCUCCCCUCUAUCGAAGAUGAAAGAUACAACGAGAUCGAAGGUGUCAACUACACCGCAGGCUAUGUAAAUCAGCUCAGCUCAGAUGAUGAACUCCUCGCCGGAGCCUGGGGCAUGAAGGACACCACAGAGAUAUGGGACCUGUGCUACCGGAGCGGCCCACGAAUGACGAAAAUACUCGAGGACUUUGUCGGUUGCAUGAAGCCUUCAAAGAGGGCCCAAGAUGACGCAAGGGACAUUCUGACUAUUGACAUGCAGCUAUUUGGUUGGUCCCAAGACAUGUCUUAUAUAUCGAUUUUUGAUGACACCGAACCUCCCAAAGUGGACUGGGAUAAGGUCACGAUGAGCAAUGUUAUCGGGAUCACUGCGAUCUGGACUUUACAUGAAAUGGCCAGGAUCAAACCAGCAAUGUUCCGUCACACCUACCAAUACAUCCCUGGAGAGAGAAAUCCUUUCAAAUUGGAUCCCUAUGAUCUUCUCCAUGGAAUUAUGCUUUUGCGCUGGGUGCUUCGCACCUGGAACUUUGAUCGCGAUCAACAGCCAGAUAGGCCUCGGCCAUUGAGGGCUAAGGAGAGACGCUUUUGGAGACCAAAAGCGCGGGCUAUAUCGUUCGCACCAUUGGCUGAGCCAGAGGAUAGUGAAAUGAUGGAUGUUGAUUGA